UUACAAAAAUCAUCUCAAGACAUGCUUAUACGUAGUUUGAAUGCGAUUAAAAAUGAUUUAAAACCAUUAACUGAAAAUUCUGUAAUUGAAGAUGAUUUAGAAAAUAUUUCAAAUGGUUUUCAAGCGGUAUCAAUUUUUGUUAAAGAUGGUUUCAUACCAUGGACAUAUAAUGUUUCGGAUUUAUUUAAUGAUUGGUCUGAAGUCUCUGACUAUUUCAAAGAUAAUUUCAAUUUGGAUGAAGAUAAUUUAGAAGUUUUAAAGAAUUCUCAAUUAAACUUAAGGCCUAUAUUAAUGGAAGAAAAACGUCUACUCAACUUGAAGGGUUAUUUAUGUGAUGCCCAAAAAUAUAAUGAUAUGUUACUAUCCAAUUCCGAAAACAAAACACAAUUAUAUAAGAAAUUAAGUGAAGCAUAUUGUAACUUAGAUCGAAAUCAGACUAAGCAAUUAUACACAUUUUUAAUACAACAUCUAAAUAUUUCAACAUUAUUCGAUUCGUUUAUUCAAACUACAAUGAAUAAUAUCCUAUCAAAAGCAAAUAUUACUCAAGAUGAAAUAAAGGAGAUAUUUUCUAAUUUAAAAGAAAUGAAAGAUUUAAUACCAAAAUUACAAGAAAAAUUUAAAAAUGUCACCAAGAUAUUUAACAAAAAUAAAACAGCGCCACAAAGUGCCGCAUUAGUUGCUGAAGAAUCUGACAAUGGCGUAGAUUUUCUAGCUGAUGCUAGUACACUAAUUUGUGGACGCCCGCUGAUUCAAACUGAUAUGCAUGUCUUAAAAGCUCUGUCUGUGAAUACAGAACCGCUAAAAGUCAUUAACCCAGAAGAUUAUAACGAUUUACCAACUCCUUUUUGUAAAGAACUCUAUGUAAAUAUCCUUCAAAUGGAAGCUGGUAAAAUACUUUGGACAUAUUUAAAACCAAUAGUUCGUGGUAGAAUUGUAUAUUCACCAAAAACAAUCAUAACUGAUAAUAUUAUGAAUGCAGCCAAUUUUACUUUUAAUGAAAUUUUCGAAUUUGAAAAAAUGCUUUUACAUUUAUCAAGUGGUUCAAAUUCUGUUAAAAAAUUGAUUCACAAUCGUAAAGCUGUGCAAGAAUUAGAGGUAUCCAUAAAAACUCCAAUGAUGGCAGAUUUAUUAUCAAUGGUCUUAGGUGAUGAAAAUAUUAACUUAGAAGAAAUGAAAUUACAACAAAUUAUUGAAGAAUUUCAAGGUUCUGAGAAAAUGAUGAACUUCGUAAAUAUUACUCACGAAUUAAUGAAAUGUAUUCGUAAAGAUCGAAUGGUUGGUGUUAACGAUGAAACAGAACUGGAAAAUUUAGCAUUAAGUUUAUCAAAUAAAAGAGAGUUAAUUGGAGCUGUUGUAUUUACUGAAAUAAUUCCAAAUUCAAAUAACAACCUAGUUCCAAAAAGUGUUAAAUAUAAAAUUCGUAUGGAUGUAGAUGAUGUCCCAUCGACAAAUCGACUUCGAGAUUUAUAUUGGUCACCAGGAGCUGAAGCUGAUUUUAUAGAAGAUUUACGAUACUUCCGUGGAUUCAUACAAAUACAAAAUAUGCUUGAUCAAGGAAUUAUUGGUUUACAAUCAAAAAAUAAUAAUACCGAGAAUAAAUACGAAAUUUAUACACAACAAUUUCCGUAUGCUUGUUGGAGAAAAGACUCAUUUGUUUGGUCUUUAUAUGCAUCACAAGGUUUUCAAGCUUGCUUUUUCUUGGCUUUAAUUGGUAUGGUUGGAACCUCUAUACGGUAUUUGAUUAAAGAACGAGAAACUCGAAAUACAUCGCUAAUGAAGAUAAUGGGUCUUCGUAUGGGUGUACAUUACAUUUCAUGGUUUAUUUCAUCAAUAAUUGAAAUGACCAUACUAAUGACAAUCAGCUAUUUUAUGUUCGUAUACGGAGAUGUGUUCCCAUAUUCAAAUUUACUUAUUGUCUACGUAUUCUUAUUAUCCUAUGGAUUUUCCGUUAUAAUGUUUUCGUAUAUGUUUUCACCGCUAUUUAAAGCGGCGAGUGCAGCAUCAAUCACUGUUGUCAUGUUAUAUUAUUUAACAUAUAUGCCAUAUAUUAUAUCGUAUACAUGUGAAGCUGUCUUAUCAUUAUGGCAAAAAGUUAUUAUUAAUUUGUUUAUGUCAAGCGCCUUUAGUACAAGUGUAUUAUAUAUGUUACGAUAUGAAGUCCAAACAAUUGGUAUUAAUUCGGAUACAUUUUGGACGUCACCAUUACAAGGUGAUAACAUGAAUUUUGGUAUAAGUUUCUUCUUAGUCAUACUUGAUGGUAUCUUAUACGGAAUUAUUGGAUAUAUCUUAACAAAAUAUUUGACAGAUAUUCCAAAUAUAAAAACAACAGCCAUCGUCGCCCAUAGUCAAGCAAAUUCAACUUCAAAUGCAAUUCCAGCAAGCGUUGGUGUUGUUAUACAAAAUAUUACUAAAGUUUACAAUACGGGAAAAGUUGCAUUAGACAAUGUUAAUAUACAAUUAUAUAAAGGGCAAAUAACAACACUACUGGGACAAAACGGAGCUGGAAAAACAACAUUAAUCAAUAUACUAACAGGAAUGGCAUCUCCAACUAAAGGACAAAUUAUUAUUAAUGAUCCAACUUAUUCCAAUUUGAAACUUAAACGACAAUAUUUGGGUGUUUGUCCUCAAUUUUCAAUACUUUUAGAUACAUUAACUACAAGAGAACAUUUAAUGUUUUAUGCUCAGCUAAAAUCUGAGCUACCUGCAAAAGAUGUCGAAGAGGGUGUUGAUAGUUUAAUUGAAUCCAUGGGUUUGGGCCUACUGGCAAAUGAACCAGUUCAAAAAUUAUCAGAAGGAACACGACGACGUGUAUCUGUUGCGAUUGCAUUUACCUAUGGACCCAGUCUAGUUGUAUUGGAUGAACCAAGUAGUGGCGUAGAUCCGGUUGCCAGACGUCAAAUAUGGGAUUUAAUUAUAAAGCAUAAGAAGAAUCGUACAAUUUUAUUAACAACACAUCAUUUUGAUGAAGCCGAUUUAUUGAGUGAUCGUAUUAUAAUUUUGCAUAAAGGAAAAAUUCAUUGUUCCGGCACACCAUUAUAUUUGAAAGAGAAUUUUGGUAAAGGUUAUCAAUUGGAUGUUACAUAUUAUCCAGAUAAUGAAAAAAUAGAAUCAAUUGAAACAAACCGGUCCAAUGAUUUAUUAAAGGCAUUAAAAGAAGCUGUCGAAAACAUAUCGGUUUUUGAAAUUGUUGAAAGUAGCCGCAUUAUUUUUGAUUUACCAUUUUUAACUAGUUCUGGUGUACCCAACAAUUUCGAGAAGACAGCACUUAUUUUAGAACAACAAAAAAGUAAAUUAGGUAUUGAAGAUUAUGCAUUUAAUUGUACAACAUUGGAAAAAGUAUUUGUGGAUAUUUGUUGUAAGGCUGAUAUAAUGGAAGACUCCGAACAUACAAAAUUAAAUAUAAUACCAAAUAUUAAUACGUCAUCAUUAGAGAAUAUUUAUUUUGGUAAUAAUAAACCAAAUUCAAUUGCAGAAAAUGAUUUUAAAUUAGCACCAAACAAAGAAAUACUCACGCAUAAUCUAAAACACAUCAAUUCACAUAAAACAAAAUGGUACGAUCAAUUUAUGCCACUAUUUAAAAAACGUGCCAUACAUUAUAUCCAUGAUAAAAAGGCAUUAUUCUGUACGUUAGUUUUGCCUACACUAAUUGCGGCAAUUGCGAUGGGUUUAACAUUAUUACGACCACCGACUGUUGAUGAACCAUCUAUUGACUUAAAUCCAAAUCUUUAUGAUAUGAGUACGAAUUUCCUUAGCUACGAUCCACAUUUUAUCUCGAGUGAAAUUGGUGAAAACAUUUUAAAUGAUUAUGGUGAACAUAAACCAAAUUAUUUGCUCAAAUUGAAUUAUACUUCACAAAAUUGUGAAUGUACUGAUAUGGGUCAAGUUUGUUUAAAUAAUGUUGACAUUAAAUAUCCGAAUCCAAAAUUUGUUUAUUUUUGGAAUGAAAAGGAAGCUAGUAAUUGGAUUAUUGAGACACAAAAUAAAUACAUUGAAAAAAGGUAUGGAGGAUGGUCAGUCAAAUCAUCAACGAAUCAAAAUUUUAAUGAAACUUUAACCGUAUGGUAUAACAAUAAAGGUCAUCACUCAGCACCAUCGUAUACAAAUCGUUUAAGCAAUGCUAUUUUGAAAUCUGUUUGCGAUGAUUGUUCGAUUUCCACAUAUUCGCAUCCAUUAAAAUUUAAUUUAGAACAAUUAGGAUCUGCUUCAAUUCGACAACAUGUAGCAGAUGUUGGAAUUGCUUUGGUAUUAUUAUGUGCCUAUAGUUUGGCUAUAACUUGUGGAGUUCUCUACAUAAUUGGCGAAAGGAAAAAUGAAGAAAAACGUUUACAAUACUUAAGUGGUGUAUCACCAAAUGUAUAUUGGAUCGUCAGUUUCGUUUGGGAUUAUGCUAUGUUUAUUGUAUGCAUAUUUUUAUCUAUGGGCGUUUAUGAAAUAUUUAAAUUACCAGUAUUUACUGCCAGGCUUAAUUUAGCCGGGCAUUUAGCAUUAUUAUUACUUUUAGGUUGGGGUAUUAUUCCAUUAGUACAUAUUGGUGAGAAGUUUUUCAAAGAUCCAAGUUUAGGAUUUAUAGCAAUGUAUUUUGUUAAUGUUGCACUUGGAAUAAUUCCACAAAUAGCUCUCUUGUUGAUUGAUAUAUUUGGACAUGCAGAAUGGGUCCGAGAAUUACGUGAUGUUUUGGGUAAAGUGUUCCUUUUGUUACCACAAUUUGCUUUUGCUGAUGGUGUAUUAACGAUUACUAAAAAUGAAAUACAGGCUGAAUUGCUGUCCAGAUUCGGUGCUGAUACCUAUAUAUCUCCAUUAAGCUGGGAAUUAUUAGGAAUCAAUUACGUUUGCCUUUUCGUAUAUGGCAUAUUAGCAUUUAUUAUAAACUUAUUAAUUGAAAAUAAGUACACAGCGUUCCAAAAUAAAAAGAAACAAAAUUUCCCAAUGAAAUCAAAAUAUUUAUUAGAAACAGUAAAUCUUCGCAAGGAAUUCAAAUGUUCAGAUGGUAUUCGUGUGGCCGUGGAUUCGUUAUCAUUAAAAAUACCACCUGGCCAAUGUUUUGGAUUAUUAGGUGUAAAUGGUGCUGGAAAAUCUACAACAUUUAAAAUGUUAACCACAGAGUUAACAUCCACUUCGGGUGAUAUUUUAAUUGAAGAUGAAUCAAUUGGAAAUGGACCGUUAACAUCUGGAAAAUUAGGUUAUUGUUCACAAAUGAAUUCAAUGGAUCCAAAAUUAACUGUAUGGCAAUCAUUAGAAUUGUAUUCGAAAUUAAAGGAUAUAUCAAAUAUCAAUGAUGAAAUACACAGUUCUCUUGAAUUAUUUGGAUUAACACCAUAUAUUGAUCAACAAUUUGAGAAUUUAAGUGGCGGUAAUAAACGUAAAUUAUGUGCAGCUGUUGCCAUGUUAGGUAAUUCACCAGUUAUUUUAAUGGAUGAACCCACCAGUGGAAUGGAUCCAGCUGCCAGAUCAUUAAUUGCUAAAGCAAUUGAUGAUGUUACAAGAAAGAAUCGAUCGGUUAUUUUAACGUCACAUAGUAUGGAAGAGUGUGAGGCGUUAUGUUCCGAAGUAGCUAUAUUAAUUGAGGGUAAAAUUCAUUGUAUAGGUUCACCACAAUCAUUAAAAGUGAGAUUUGGUGGAGGUUAUUUAAUCUCAAUAAGAUUAAGACAAGAAAAUCAAACAUAUGAAUUAAAUACAUUAAUGUCAAAACAUUUUCCAAAUUCAAAAAUUGAAAAUCAACAGUAUUGUACAAGUCAAUUUUUAAUACCAACAAACACAACGACAUUACCAAGUUAUAUAUUUAAUAGAAUGAAUUUAAUUUCACGAACAUUAGACAUCACGGAUUAUUCAAUUGUUCGAAGUACAUUAGAUCAAGUAUUCAUAAAUUUAGUACAUUCCCAAUCAUCGAAUGAUUUAGAAAAUAAUGAUAUAGGAUCAUCUACGGAUGGUAUUAGUAUGUCAUCUUUUACGAACAAAACAUAUCAACAGGACAAUGUGACUGUUAGUCGAUUGUGAUAAUAUUUUUUAGUAAUUAAU